GAGAAAGCCAGGCUCCAGAAGCAACAUGUCUCAGCUGGAAACUGCAAUGGGAAUGACCAUUGCUGUGUUUGACCAGUAUGCAAGGACUGAUGGCAACAGGCAAACCCUCAGCAAAACAGAGCUAAAGACUCUGCUGGAAAAGGAGCUCCCAAAUUUCCUUGCGUCUGGGAAGGACAAGAAUGCUAUUGAUAAAGUCUUCAAGAACCUGGAUGAAAAUGGAGAUUCCCAAGUGGACUUCAAAGAAUUUGUCAUCUUUGUGGCAGCUCUGACUUGCUGCUGUCACAAAUAUUUUGAGCAGAAUGCAGCCAAAUAGUUGUCAAACUACUCACAAAAGCUGUCUUUGCCUGUGCUCCAUAUGCUCGUGAUAUGGAUCCCUUCACGCUUUCCAUGUACUGCCGUGAAGUUUGCAAGCACGCUGGACUGUAAAAAUAAACCCUACUGAGCUUA